AUGGCAGCAUCUACUGCUGUCUAUACUUUUGAUUUACUCUGCUUGUCUUUAAUGUACGUUCAGUGUCGUUGGUUUUUAAUAUGGCGAGUCCCGUCCAGCGUGUGUACUAAAGCCAGGCUGAAUACGUUUAAAGAGACUUACAAAAUGUCUGAACUGACACAGACUCAGUUUGAAUCGAGUGAUGAUGAACUCCCAGAGGAGGUCGCUUUUGAUGCGUCCAAAAGUGUCGCUCUGAAGAGCGUUAAAGAUGCGCUGGAUGCAGCCAAAAGAGAAAAGAACCAGCUGAAGGAGAAGAGAAGAAAGAGACAACAGCUGUUUCAAGAACAAAAGAAGCGAAAACUUCUUCCUCAAGAACUCUUGGAGGAGUUUGAUACAGAACCCCAAAAGUAAGUUCCCCAGCUGAAUAGAAACGAUAAGGAACAGAAGACCGGGACCACACCUAAGAAAACCUCCAAAAGUUUACCAGUCAGCUACAGAGUAAUGAGGAUAAAGGAUGAAUCCGAUGCCAAAUCACUGCAACAAAGGGCCAUGGACUUCGUUCAGUCGCGCCUUUAUGGAACAGGAACCAAAAGAACCACCAAUGCAGAGCUUCUGUCCCUCAAAAAGAAAAGAGGUGCGAGCCAAGGUGCAGCUGUGGAGUUUGCGAAUAAAAAAUUGGGUGCUUACAAAAAAGCGAGGAUUACAAGAUCCAACAAACGGUUUAUACGCCAGCAGAAACUGAUUCCUCUCUGAGACAUAAAACAGGAGAAAGAACUGCUUAAUUAUGAGUUCAACACAUGAAAACCAUCACAUCUGGAGACGGCUUCCAUCAUCCAGCUGUUUUUGACCUUGUGGAUCAUAUUUUUCAAAAGGACACCUUUAUUUCAAACCUUUUUCUUUGAGCCUUAUAGUUUUAAAAUAUUAAACCUUGUUAUCAAAUAAGAUGAAGUCAUUUAAAAAGAAAUUACUUCCCUUACAUCGUGUACAAAUUAAAACUUAAAUUUACAUUCAGCUUCUGCCUCAAGUAAAAGUUUUAAAAGUUUAAAUAUUUACUUUACUCAUCAAUAAAUGUAUAACCGAUUGAAGGAUUAA